AUGACGACGCGUAAAUCAGGUUUACAAUUAUUCACUAUAAGUUUAUACAGGAAAGCACUACGGAUGGCGCUAUCAAAACCAUUAGAAAUGAGAAAACACUGGAUAGCAUUCGUCAGACAUGAGUUUAGACAGUAUCAGGAUAUUAGUCCGAGGGAUGUACACUCCAUUGAAUACCUUCAACGAAAAUACUCGAAAAUGAUUGAAACAUACUCAAAUAGUUCUGUGACUUCAAUAAACUUAACACAAUUUGCUAAAAUUUACAUUCCAUAUAAAGAAUUUAAUACAUAG